AUGCAGGAGCUGCAAUGUGGGCCCGCCCUAUCAGCGCACAGUAACGCUCGGUUUGGACAAGGGACCGACAAGAUUUGGAUGGAUGAUGUUUCCUGCAAGGGGACAGAGUCCCAUCUCCGGUCUUGCUCCUUCCCUGGUUGGGGAACCCACAACUGUGGUCAUGGUGAGGAUGCAGGUGUAACCUGUUACCCAGGAUCCAAUGCGAGAUUGGUCAAUUCAGACGAUCGUUGCUCUGGAAGAGUGGAAAUCUUUCACGAUGGAAGUUGGGGCACGGUUUGUGAUGAUGGCUGGGAUUUGACAGAUGCCACUGUUCUUUGCAAGGAGCUGCAAUGUGGACAUGCCCUAUCGGUGCAUGGUAGUGCACGGUUUGGACCAGGAUCGGAUGUGAGAUUGGUUAAUUCAGACGAUCGUUGCUCUGGAAGAGUUGAAAUCUUUCACAAUGGAAGCUGGGGCACGGUUUGUGAUGAUGGCUGGGAUUUGGCUGAUGCCACUGUUCUUUGCAAGGAGCUGCAAUGUGGAUCCGCCCUAUCGGUGCAUGGUAGCGCUCGGUUUGGACCAGGAUCGGGUGUGAGAUUGGCCAAUUCAGACGAUCGUUGCUCUGGAAGAGUGGAAAUCUUUUACAAUGGAAGUUGGGGCACGGUUUGUGAUGAUGGCUGGGAUUUGACAGAUGCCACUGUUCUUUGCAAGGAGCUGCAAUGUGGACCCGCCCUGUCGGUGCAUGGUAACGCUCGGUUUGGAGAAGGUACUGGCAAGAUUUGGAUGGACGAUGUUUCCUGCGGGGGGACAGAGUCCCAUCUCCGGUCUUGCUCCUUCUCUGGUUGGGGAACCCACAACUGUGGUCAUGGUGAGGAUGCAGGUGUAAUCUGUAACCCAGGAUCGGGUGUGAGAUUGGUCAAUUCAGACGAUGGUUGCUCUGGAAGAGUAGAAGUCUUUCACAAUGGAAGUUGGGGCACGGUUUGUGAUGAUGGCUGGGAUUUGACAGAUGCCACUGUUCUUUGCAAGGAGCUGCAAUGUGGACCCGCCCUAUCGGUGCAUGGUAGCGCUCGGUUUGGACCAGGUACUGGCAAGAUUUGGAUGGAUGAUGUUUCCUGUAAGGGGACAGAGUCCCAUCUCCGGUCUUGCUCCUUCUCUGGUUGGGGGACUCACAACUGUGGUCAUGGUGAGGAUGCAGGUGUAAUCUGUAACCCAGGAUCCAAUGCGAGAUUGGUCAAUUCAGACGAUGGUUGCUCUGGAAGAGUGGAAAUCUUUCACAAUGGAAGCUGGGGCACGGUUUGCGAUGAUGGCUGGGAUUUGACAGAUGCCACUGUUCUUUGCAAGGAGCUGCAAUGCGGGCCCGCCCUAUCGGUGCACAGUAGCGCUCAGUUUGGACCAGGUACCGGCAAGAUUUGGAUGGAUGAUGUUUCCUGCAAGGGGAUAGAGUCCGAUCUCCGAUCUUGCUCCUUCUCUGGUUGGGGAAUCCACAACUGUGAUCAUAAUGAGGAUUCAGGUGUAAUCUGUUCCUCAGGAUCAGGUGUGAGAUUGGUCAAUUCGGACGAUCGUUGCUCUGGAAGAGUGGAAAUCUUUCACAGUGGUAGUUGGGGCACGGGGACAGAGUCCCAUCUCCGGUCUUGCUCCUUCCCUGGUUGGGGAACCCACAACUGUGGUCAUGGUGAGGAUGCAGGUGUAAUCUGUCACCCAGAUUCUUCAACGGAGCCGACAAUCUCUGUCAGCCCUUCAUUCGCACUCUACGUGGCUGGAGAUUCACUCACUAUUAAUUGCACAGUUCCACACAGCAACUUGACCGGACAUCUGGAGUUGCUGAAGGACUCAAAUUCUGUCGCCAUCGGACAAGGAGCCCUCACAUAUGUCAUUGAAAACGUCACUACCAGCAGCCAAGGGAGCUACCAAUGUUCCUAUCAGACUGAAGUGACAAAGCAAUGGUCACCCAGCUCUCUGAGUCAACCUGUUGAAAUUGUUGUUACAAAUCCUGCAGCCCAGCCGAACAUCUCCAUGACAGCUGACAGCAAAUCAGUCAACAUCAGCUGCACAGUUCCAGACGGUGUCCCCACUGGCUGCUUUCAGUUGCUAAAGGACACGAUUCACAUCAUCAAUAGCACCAUUAGCCAGCAGUCUUUCACGUACACCAUUCCAAACAUCACUGUCAGCAACCAGGGCCAGUACACAUGUUCCUACAAGAUCCAAGUUUCAGAUCGUUGGGUACCAUCAUUUCAAAGUCGCCCAGUAAUUGUCGCACGACAUGCUACAUCCAGAGAAUCUACUUCCAAGCCCAAGAUGCAAAAUAUUGCAGCCACAAUCAAUCCAUAGGUGUUCAGAGCUGACACACUGUGCAACUGAAGAUUGCAGACUGGUUGAACAUUGUUGAUUCAUAGUGGGAAACACUGCCCUUGUCAUAAUUUACUUUUCACUCCGAGAAUUUUGCAAAUUUUUGACAACACAUUGAAUGCAUGAACUCUGAUGCUUUGGAGAGAAUACAGAAUUAGAAUCAGAGUGUUCUACAGGGCAGAAAAUUUUCUUUGGCCCAUUAAAUCUGCACUGACAUUACUUUCCCACACUACACUCCCAUACUUCAAGUGCUCAUCCAAGUAUUUCUUAAAUGUUGGGAGGGUUCCUGCCUCAAUUAUCCUCCCAGACAGUCCAUUCCAGACCCCCACUACACUGAGGGAAAUAAUGCUCAAAUCCCCCUCUAAACCUUCUGCCUUUCACUUUAAAAUAAUGCACCCCCUUGUUAUUAACCCUUUGAUUAAAGGGAAUAACUGCCUCCUAUCCACUCUAUUCAUGCCCCUCAUAAUCUUGUAUUCGAUUUCAUCAUCUUGGAGUCUUUACCAUUUCCUCUGACAGCUCAUUCCAUAUAUACACCAUACUCUGCAUUUGAAAUGUAUUCCUUGGGUUCUUUUUAAUCCUUUUCUCUCUCAUCUUAAACCUAUGCUCUCCACCUUUGGCCUCCUCCACCCCAGAAAAAGACCUUGGCUAUUCACCCUAACCAUGCUCCUCAUAAUUUUAUGGCUCUAUAAGGUCACCCCUCAACUUCCAACGCUCCAGGAAAAAAAGCCCCAGGCUAUUCAGCCUUUCCCUAUAACUCAUAUUUUCCAGUCCUGAAUUGUGUGGAGUAUUCUAAAAGUGUCCUCACCAAUGUCCUUUAUAGCUACAACAUGACGUCCCAACUCCUGUAAUCAAUGUUUGACAAAUGAAGUCAAGUGUGCUAAAUGUCUUCUUCACCAUCCAGUCUACACGCGACAGCAAAGGGUCAGAGCCCUACAGCACAGAGACAGGUCCAUGCCGACUAAAGAGUCCAUCAAUGCUCACCCCAUUUCCCCUCUAAACCUUUCCUAUCUAUGUACUUAUCCAAAUGCCUUUUAAAUGUUGGUAAUAUACCCGCCUCAGCCACUUCGUCUGGCAGCUUAUUCCAUAUGCGUACCACCCUUUCUGUAAAAUAGUUACCCCUCAUGUUCCCUCAUAUUCUUUAUCCUCUAACCUUCAACUGUUACCACUUUCAAGGACUUCGAGGCGCUGGUAUUGGACUGGGGUGGACAAAAUUAAAAAUCACACAACACCAGGUUAUAGCCCAACAGGUUUAUUUGGAAGCACUAACUUUUGGAGUGCUGCACCUUCAUCACAACACCUGAUGUUGGACUAUAACCUGGUGUUGUGCGAUUUUUAACUUUGUCUACUUUCAAAGAACUAUGCACCUCACAUUUAUCUAAAUUAAGCUCCAUCUGCCACUCCUAGCCUAUUGGCCCAUCUGGUCAAAGUGCCAUUGUGUUCGGAGAUAAUCUUCAUUGUCCAUUACAUCAUCUAUUUUGGUGUUACCUGCAAACUUACUAACCAUGC